AUGGCGAGCGCGUCUCCCAGUGAUUGUGUCGACAGUGCGAGCUGCCCCAUCUGCCUGCGCACGUUUGACUGCCCCUCUACGCUGAGCUGCAGACACUCGUUCUGCCUCCGGUGUCUGGAUGGUGCCUGGGAGACGGCGAGCAGCUUCAACCUGGUGGAGCAGCUCAGAGUUGGAGAGAGCAUGGCUGGAGUUGUCUUCUGUGAUGGCUGUGAUGAUGGGGAGACUCCUGCAGUGAAGACCUGCCUGAGGUGUGAGAUGUCCCUGUGUGAGUCCCACCUGAAGCCUCACCUGAAAAACCCCAAGUUGAUGGACCACGUCCUGGUGGCUCCCAUUGUCAGCCUGGAGGUGCGAAGAUGCCAACAGCAUGGAGACCCUUACAGGUUCUUCUGCAAGCAGGACGAGAGCCUGGCCUGUACAGUCUGCACCAUCGUAGGAGACCACAUCAGUCAUAAGGUUAUCACGCUGGAGAAAGAGCACGAAACACGGAAGAGUAGAGUCGGAGAGGAGACGCGAGUGGUGGAGAAGAGGAAGGAGGCGGAGGCGUCCGUCGGACGGAUGGAGGUCGCUCGCAGAGACGUGCAGGGAUCUAUGACUGGGGUGAAGGAGCGAAUCAAAGCCGAGUUCACCCGCCUGAGAACGGCACUGGAUGAGGACGAGAGGACGGCUUUACAUCGCGCGGAACUGAAGAAGGAGCUGCUGUCCCAAAUCGACAAGAACAUCGCUUAUUACAAGCACGAGAUCAGCGAGCUGCAAGCAGCAGCCGCGCGCCUGCACACUCUGCAGGAGGAGAGGGACUCGCUCACGUUCCUGAAGGGGCACCUGGAGGAGACACGCAGGGGAAAGGUUCCUAAGAAGUCUCCGUCCCCAGCUCCUACUCCACUGGACACCUCCACGAUCCGCUCCCUAGAGAGAGUCAUGGGCCGACUGCUCCCUCUCGUCUACGGACGCUCACCGACUGUGGACCCAAACUCGGCCCACAACAAACUCCAGAUUUCCUUGGACCUCAGGACGGUGACGCGGACCGCUGUCUCCCAGGGUCGCCCCGAUCACCCGCACCGCUUUGAUGGCUGGCGACAAGCCCUGUGCUCCGAGAGCUUCUCGUCGGGUCAGCACUAUUGGGAGGUGGACGUGGGGGGUGUGACGGGGUUCUAUCAGGUUGGAGUCGCGUACGGGACGAUCGCACGGAAAGGGAGUGGUAAAGAGUGCAGCCUGGGAGAGAACGACUCAUCCUGGGUUUUAUAUAAAUAUAACAACAGCUGGGCAGUGCUUCAUGGUGAUGUAGUGACCUCAGUGCCGGUGAGGGAUCCUCCCCGGAGAGUCGGGUGUCACCUGCACUGGGAGGCGGGGCUGCUGUCGUUUUACCGCGCCGACUCCAUGGAGCUGCUGCACUCCGUCCACCACUCGUUUAGUCAAUCGCUCUACCCCGCACUGUAUGUGUGGGAUGAUGGUGACUCAGUGAGGAUUCUGGAUCUGAGUCGUGCGUCUUGAGAGCACGGAGUGUGAGCAGCGCAGAGAAACGCACAGAUAUUUGUCUUUAGUGUAUAGAGGGGCAUGUGCGUAGUGUGGGGUGGAGCGGUGGUGCAGUGUUUAGCGCACUCGUGGGGGAGGGCAGGGAACACAAGAGUGUGGAGCUCCACCGCGGGCGUGCUGGGAACACACGUCACGUGACGCUGCGGGGUGACGUGCGCAGUCCCCCUCGCGGUCACUCGCUCGUUGGGCAAUAAACCCGGGGUGGGAAUGGGAUGGCAUCACUAGGGGGGGACAACUCGUGGUGUGUGCUGAGCGUCGCUGGGCUAAAACAUUUUUGUUAUAACCAGCGGUCGAAUGACCCCCUCCUCCCCCCCACCAAACUAGUUUUAUUUUACAGGGCAUAGAGAGAGAGAAGCCAUUUAACACAUAGUAGUAGUAGGAAGUUUUUCGCCACCAAUAUUAUUAGUAAAGGUUUGUUUGGAUUAAUAUUUUAAUUAUCUGCUCUCAGACUUGGACCUGUAAACCACAACCUUCGAUUUAUGGGAUAACGCUUCUGCUGACAACAAUGGAAACUGUGUUUUGACUGUGAAGUGGGUUAAAGUUUAUGUUUUAUUUUUUUUAUUUUAUUAUUUCCCUUCUAUGUGACUUUACCGAAAGAACCAAGAAGAUGAAUCCCUGCAGUCACGAAAGCUUUAAAUCGAAAUUUGGUUAAAGUUAUUAAGCACCUGAUAUAUAUCUAGAGUGACGAUCUACCUUACACUACAACACGACUAAUAUUGUCUCAACACGCAUUAAUAACACAGAGACACUGUGUGUUAUUACAGGGAUAGAGACAACGCAAACUCCAAAUAUACAGCAGCUUUCAGGGUCGUAAUCCAACCCACGACCUCCUGCAUACCAGGCGAGGGAGUUAUCAUCUCCGAGGCACCGCAGCGCCUCUCGUUAACAUGAGACACCAAUCCGUUGUGAACCCAACCUCGAGUCUCAGGGUAUUUAGCAACAUGUAGAUGAUUUGAGACGCAUUGAUUAUCUCGUACCAGUUGUGUAAUUGUGUGAACGCUAAUCGCAUUGUGCUCUGGGCUGGGGGUGAGAAUUCUACGUGCUUCAUUGCUGGCAUGGGUUUGACUUGUUUUGCUUUUUUUAUUUUUGUGACCCAGGUCACUCUUGUCAAUGAGACUCAUCCUGAUCUCCUGAGUUCUCACCUCAUUAAAUUUAACUCGACUCGAUCAUCAGCAGAAGUAUCAUCAGCAGCAGAAUUAAUAACAGGAGCAACAGCAUCAACAGCAGUAGCUCCAUCAUAAUCAUCAGCAUCAGGAGUAGAACUAGUAACAUCAAUAAUAAUGGAAUCAUCAGCAGUAACAGAAUCAUCAUCAGCAGCAGAAACAGCAUCACUAUCAUCACUUUUGCAACCGAGACUCAUCCUGGUCUCUUGAGUUCUCACCUGGUUAAACAAAUCGACUUUAACACGUAGGCUUUCGCGACCAAUAUUAUCAAUGAUUAAGGUUUAUUGGGUUAGAUCACGUACAUUUACAUAGACCUGAUUGUGUUCUGGAUUACCUGUGAAUUGUAAUCACAUUGUAUUGUGGGUCAAGGGUCAAUGUGUUCUGGGUGAAUAAAAAAUAAAAUCUGAAAAUCUAUUGUCAAGAUUGUCAUCCAGGCUGUGAAUGUGACUCUCUCAUAGCUGAGACUGACUCACUUGUGUAAACAUGUAUUUUUUUGGGAUGGUUCCUGUUGUUUUGUUUGUAUGGAUGUUAUAUUUUUGGAGAUUAAACCCGGGCACGGUUUGUAAAUCUUCAGCCUACGCCUUCACAGCUAAGUGCUGUCUGUAGCCUUGGGCCACAUUCCAUGGCGCAUCUCGUGGUAUUUAUAG